AUGUCUUGGGCUGCAGGUGAACGUAUUUACCUGAAUGUAAAUAAAAUUACAUCUACCAAGACAUUAGUACCAUAUGAGUAUUAUUAUCUUCCAUACUGUAAACCUGCAUCGAUUACAGAACAAAGGGAAAAUCUUGGUGAGAUUAUGGCUGGUGAUGCGAUUAUGGAUUCACUAUACAAACUAGAAAUGCAAAAAGAUGCGAUUUGUCAAGUACUUUGCACACCUAUUACGUAUACACGUGAACAAACUCAAUUAUUUAUUGAUAUGAUCAAGGAUGAGUAUUACGUACAAUGGGUUGUAGAUAAUCUACCUGUACUAUAUCGUGAUCCAACGGACGUAUUGCAGACUGGAUCGUUUCAGCGUGGUUAUCCAGUGGGUGAAGUUGAUGAAAAUGGAAAGUAUUUGCUGUAUAAUCACGUACGCAUUAUUAUCUCGGUCAAUGUAGACCCGUACGCAGAAGAAGAUGGUCAUGGUCCCAAGUGGCGCAUUGUUGGUUUUGAAGUUGUACCUACUUCUAUUAAACAUAGAUAUGAAAAUGAACCAAUGGCUGGACAGGAAUUAGAAACUGAUACUUGUGGCAAGUUUGUCAAUAUUGAGGAAAUGUCCCAGGGUAAUUAUCAAUACCUGAACGCAGGUAAUGAGACGACUGUACUCUAUACAUAUGACGUGCAAUUUGUCAAGUCAAACAUUGUCUGGGAGGAGCGUUGGGAUCGUAUUAUUAGCAGCAAAAGCUCAAAUGAUCAGAUUCACUGGUUUGCCAUUGUCAACUCGCUUAUGAUUGUACUGUUCCUGACUGGAAUGAUUGCAAUGAUUAUGCUGCGCACGCUUCACCGUGAUAUUUCUCGCUAUAAUGAGGUGCAGACCGCGGAAGAAGCUCAGGAAGAGUAUGGCUGGAAAUUGGUCCAUGGUGAUGUGUUUCGCCCACCGCAGCUUUCGCCCAUGCUUUUCUCGGUGGUUGUGGGAACUGGCGUCCAGGUGUGCUGCAUGAGUGCUUCCACAAUGGUUAUUGCACUUCUGGGCCUGCUUUCGCCUGCAAAUCGUGGCUCACUGCUCACGACCCUGCUACUGCUUUUUGUUUUCAUGGGCAGCUUUGCUGGCUAUUACUCGUCGCGUACUUACAAGAUGUUUAACGGCAAGGACUGGAAGAAGACCACCAUUCUUACGGCUAUGCUGUACCCGGGUCUUCUUUUUGGCGUAUUUUUUCUGCUGAAUUUGGUGUUGUGGGGCAAGGAUUCGUCGCAGGCUGUCCCGUUUGGCACGCUUUUUGCUCUGCUUGUCCUGUGGUUCGGUAUUUCUGUGCCGCUCGUUUUCCUCGGUAGCUACUUUGGUUACAAGGCUGCAGCCAUUGAGCAGCCUGUGCGUACGAACCAGAUUGCUCGUCAGGUUCCAGAGCAAGUAUGGUACCUCUCGUCUCCUAUUAGCAUUUUAAUGGGCGGCGUCCUGCCGUUCGGCGCAGUGUUCAUUGAGCUGUUUUUCAUCAUGUCGGCGCUGUGGUUGCAUCAGAUAUACUACGUAUUUGGUUUCCUGUUCAUUGUGUUGCUGAUCUUGAUGGUCACGUGCGCGGAGGUGACGGUUGUGAUGUGCUAUUUCCAGCUUUGCGCCGAGGACUACCGCUGGUGGUGGCGUUCGUUUCUUACCUCGGGAUCUGCGGCCGUAUAUUUGUACUUGUACGCGUUUCUGUACUUUUAUACGAAGUUGAACAUUACGGCGUUCGUUUCGGGUAUUUUGUACUUUGGCUACAUGUUCCUGAUCUCUGUCACGUUUUUCUUUCUCACGGGAACCAUCGGCUACUUUGCUUGUCUCUGGUUUACGCGCAAGAUUUACAGCUCUGUCAAGAUUGACUAA